UGGAAGAUGCAGAAGAGCGUGCGUUAUAAUGAAGGACACGCGCUCUAUCUGUCCAUGGUCGCGCGUAAAGAGGGUAUCAAGCGCGGCCACCUGAGCAAAAAAGCCGCCGAAAACAACCGCUGGAACGAGAAGUACUUCGCGCUUUACCAGAAUGUGCUGUUUUACUUCGAGAACGAGCAGAGCACCAGACCCUCUGGGAUUUAUUUGCUGGAGGGAAGCACCUGCGAGAGGAUUCCGGCUCCGAAAGUGUCCACCGUGGGGAAGGAGAGUUCAGAUAAACAGCAGCAUUACUUCUUGGUGAUUUUCGGCCACGAUGGGCAGAAACCCCUGGAGCUGCGGUCAGAAGAGGAAGCUGAUUGUAAUGAGUGGGUGGAGGUCAUUCAGCAGGCCAGUUAUUCAGAUCUGAUCAUCGAGCGGGAAGUUCUCAUGCAGAAAUACAUCCAUCUAGUGCAGAUCAUGGAGACGGAAAAGGUGGCGGCAAAUCAGCUGCGGACUCAACUGGAGGACCAGGAUACAGAGAUCGAGAGGCUGAAGGCCGAGAUUGUUGUUCUGAACAAAUCAAAAGAGAGGAUGUUGCCCUUUCAGUCCAUUCAAGACGAAGAAGAUCCAGACAUCAAGAAAAUCAAGAUGGUGCAGAGCUUCAUGCGUGGUUGGCUCUGCAGGAGGAAGUGGAAGAUCAUCGUGCAGGACUACAUCUGCUCGCCUCACGCCGAGAGCAUGAGGAAGAGGAACCAGAUCGUCUUUAAUAUGGUGGAGGCCGAGACGGAGUACGUGCUCCAGCUCUCCAUCCUGGUCAACUGCUUCCUCCGGCCGCUCCGGAUGGCGGCCAGCUCCAAAAAACCCCCCAUUAGUCACGACGAUGUCAGCAGUGUCUUCCUCAAUAGUGAGACGAUAAUGUUUCUCCAUGAGAUAUUUCACCAAGGCUUGAAGGCUCGGAUAGCCAACUGGCCAACGUUAGUUUUAGCGGAUCUCUUCGACAUCUUGCUGCCAAUGCUGAACAUUUAUCAGGAGUUUGUGCGAAACCAUCAGUACAGUUUACAGGUUCUGGCCAACUGUAAACAGAACCGAGACUUCGACAAGCUCCUGAAGCAGUAUGAAGCGAACGCCGCCUGUGAGGGCCGAAUGCUGGAGACCUUCCUCACAUACCCCAUGUUUCAGAUCCCACGAUACAUCAUCACACUCCACGAGCUCCUCGCUCACACGCCUCAUGAACAUGUGGAGCGCAAGAGUCUGGAAUUUGCCAAAUCCAAACUAGAAGAACUGUCCAAAAUGAUGCAUGAUGAAGUGAGUGACACAGAAAACAUCCGUAAGAAUCUAGCGAUCGAGCGAAUGAUUGUGGAGGGCUGUGAUAUCCUGCUGGACACCAGUCAGACGUUUGUACGGCAGGGCUCUCUGAUUCAGCUGCCCACUGUGGAGAAGGGUAAACUGAGUAAAGUGCGCCUGGGCUCGCUGACGCUCAGGAAAGAAGCUGAACGACAGUGUUUCCUCUUCACCAAACACUUCCUCGUCUGCACACGGACCUCCGGCGGGAAACUGCACCUGCUUAAACAAGGAGGCACGCUGUCUCUAAUAGAGUGUACUCUUAUUGAGGAACUGGACACCAGUGAUGAAGACUAUAAUGCCGCUGGUCAGGGUCUCAAUCAUCUCGAGUUUAAGAUCGUGGUUGAACCUGCUGAUGGCUCCUCAUUUUCAGUGGUUCUUCUGGCCCCGUCUCGACAGGAAAAAGCAGCCUGGACCAGCGACAUCAGCCAGUGCAUUGACAACAUUCGCUGCAACGGCUUGAUGAACAGCGUGUUUGAGGACAACUCGAAAGUCACCGUUCCUCACAUGAUCAAGUCUGACGCUCGACUGCACAAAGACGAUGUGGACAUCUGCUUCAGCAAAACACUCAACUCCUGCAAGGUGCCACAGAUCCGCUACGCCAGUGUGGAGAGACUGCUGGAAAGACUGACUGACCUGCGCUUUCUGUCCAUCGACUUCCUCAACACCUUUCUCCACACAUACCGCAUCUUCACCACUGCCGCAGUAGUGAUGGACAAACUGGCCGACAUCUACAAGAAACCCUUCACGUCUAUACCUGUCAGGUCCCUGGAGCUUUUCUUCGCCACCAACCAAGGCCCCUGGAGCGGAGAGCAUCUGAACAACAAAUCCCCACGGCUGUCCCGCAAGUUCUCCUCACCUCCGCCCAUCUCCAUCACCUCGCGCACCUCCUCCCCCAUCCACUCCCGCAAGCUGUCCCUCAGCUCUCCUGUCAGCUGUAAGGGUGGAGCUCUGGAUCUGUCCACCUCCACCUCCUCUGCAGCCAGCAGUCCAACGUCUCCAUACAACCCCAUCAUCUGCUCCCCUCCACCCACCUGCACCAAAGCCCCUCUGGACCUCAGCCGGGGCCCCAGCUCCCCAGAGCUUUGCCCCUCCACCCCGGAGGAAGGUGGAGAACUGCCACGCAUAGACGCUUUCUGUGGGAAACUGCGGCGGAGUAUUCGACGAGCUGUACUUGAGUCAGUAUCGCUGGACAAGUUCAUUCCCGAGACGCCCACAUCCAGUGACUCCGGAGAAAUGUCUCCAAGCCGUUCCCCAUCCACCCCAAGACACCUUCGCUAUCGACAGCCCGCAGGUCAGUGUCCUGAUAACUCCCGCUGUGCCGUGUCCCCUGCGUCCGCCUUCGCCAUCGCCACCGCCGCAGCCGGACACAGCAGCCCGCAAGGAUUUACCAACCCAGAGAAAUCCUACGACAAAGAGUUCCUCAUCCGCAGAGCCGCCACCAACAGAGUACUCAACGUCCUGCGACACUGGGUUUCUAAACACUCGCAGGACUUUGAGAUGAACGCGGAGCUGACGACGGCUGUGAUGGCUCUGUUGGAGGAGGUGCUGAGAGAUCCAGAUCUUCUGCCGCAGGAGAGAAAAGCUGCAGUCAAUAUACUGAGUGCGCUUUCUCAAGAAGAACAGGACGAUUCACAAUUGAAGAUUGAGGAUAUCGUCCAAAUGGUGGACUGUCCGAGGGCCGAAUGCUUUGAGUCACUCUCCGCAAUGGAGCUAGCAGAACAAAUCACCUUGCUGGACCACAUAGUGUUCCGGAAUAUUCCCUAUGAGGAGUUUCUUGGUCAAGGCUGGAUGAAGAUGGACAAAAAUGAAAGAACUCCAUACAUUAUGAAGACCAGUCAGCACUUCAAUGAUAUGAGUAAUCUGGUAGCUUCUGAGAUUAUGGCUCAUGCAGAUGUGAGCUCCAGGGCUGGAUCCAUUGACAAGUGGCUAGCAGUGGCUGAUAUUUGCCGCUGUCUCAACAACUAUAAUGGAGUCUUGGAAAUCACAUCAGCACUGAACCGCAGCGCCAUCUACAGGCUAAAGAAGACAUGGGCCAAGGUUUGCAAACAGACCAAGGCAUUAAUGGAUAGACUGCAGAAGAUCGUGUCGUCUGAAGGGAGGUUUAAGAAUCUGAGGGAAACUCUGAAGAACUGUAACCCUCCGUGUGUGCCCUAUCUGGGCAUGUACCUGACGGAUUUGGCAUUUAUUGAGGAAGGAACACCCAAUUUCACAGAGGAAGGUCUCGUCAACUUCUCUAAAAUGAGGAUGAUUUCACACAUAAUACGAGAGAUUCGACAGUUUCAGCAGGCGCCCUAUAGGAUUGAACUGCAACCUAAGGUGACACAGUUCCUCCUGGAUAAGACCCUUGUAAUGGACGAGGACACGCUUUAUGAAUUAUCUCUGAAGAUCGAGCCAAGACUUCCACCUGCCAACUAAACACGAUGAUCAUGUUUACAACAGACUCAGAUAUCAAGACAGCCAGUUUGUAAGAAUCAAAUUCUCAAAGUCUGAGUGUUAUAAAAACAAACCACUUAUCCAUAUAUAUUCACCUCAUUCCAGAUACUUGCUGUAAACUCAGGUAUUAAUGUGCCUUGUUGUAAAUGUUAUGAAAUUUCUCGAUACAUAUUUAUAGGAUGGUGCAAUUUAAUAUCAGUUUGAUAAUCUCUUGAUAAUGUUUUUUACCUGAAUGCGAAAAUAUCAGAUUGGUUUUUAAGUCUAAUCAUUUCUUUAGUAUAUUAAUCUUCAUGUUUGUAUGCAUACAAAUGGGUUUAGAUGAAACAACGUCACACACAAAUACUUGUAUAAAUGGUUUAUGAGGACUCUUCAUAGACAUAAUGUAUUUUAUACUGUAAAAAACGCUAUUUACCCUUCCCCUACCCCUAAACCCAACUUUCACUGGUAACCUGUAGCAAAUUUUAUGUCAAAAGACUAAAUCUAAAGAGAUCAAAUAUUAUUUAUGAGCAUUUUGAAUUACAAGGACACAAGAUAUGUCCUUGUAAACCACUUUAACACAACCCAUGUCAUUAAACAAUUUCCUUGUUCACCACAUAAACGAGCGCAUAUAUGCCCACACACACACAUAUACUUGUAUACAUGGUUUACAGGGACACUCCAUAGGUGUAAUGUAUUUCCUACAGUAAAAACCGCUUAUGAUAUAGCACUACCCCACCCCUAACCCUCACAGGAAACCUGUGGCAAAAGUUUAAAAUCAAAAAGACUAAGUUAAAUAUGAUUUUUAAGCAUUUUGAAUUAGAGGGACACGUGGUGUGACCCUCUAAA